AUGGCAAACUUCUCUGUAGAGUGGCUUUCCAAAAGUUACUAUGAGGACUCUGAGCAGACACAAGAUGCAGAGGUUUAUCCAAAAGUUCAGAGUGAUGUGGAGGAAUUUGCAAGAAGCCGAUACUCCCCGACCUCUCCAAAUAAAAUUGCACUGUUCUCUCUUCCAGACAGCUGCGGUUACGCGUCUGGGUCUGAGAGCGAGGUAGGAGAGGACAGCGAGGGGGAGAGCGCGCCGCAGCGGAGGAUGAGGACCAAGUUCACCUCCGAGCAAAUCAGCGAACUGGAGAGCACUUUUAGGAAACACAAGUACCUGGGUGCCACGCAGAGGAAGAAGAUCGCAGAGAAGCUGAACCUUUCCGAAACACAGGUUAAAACGUGGUUCCAGAACCGAAGGAUGAAAAUGAAACGACAAGUCCAGGACACGCGUCCCGGUUUCCUGACAGUCCCGGUCGCACUGCUGCCCCCGUUUCUGUUUCAGCACCCCUUCCUGAGCGAACAGCUCCAGACCGGCUGCGGCUUCUUCCCGCAGCAGCAGCCGCUCCACAGGGCGUCCCUCCCCGCUGCGCCACACCGCUUCCACCCCACAGCCCCACCGCAGACGCAUUUCUACUGAAGUCCGCUUGUUUCUGUCAUCUUUAGUCAUGUCUAGAAUCUAGAUAUCCAUAUAUUCUCUUUAAAAGAGGGGUUUAAAAGUUGUAAAUAUGAUUGCUUCUGACGUGUCUGAAGCUUUAUAAGUUUUAAUAUAAUUGUGAAUGAAUACAAUGACGUAUAACAUGUGAAUCUUUGGUUUUAGGCCACAAAUAAACCGAGUUAAAAGCGUUGAUUCAUCUCUUCGUUUAU